AUGGCGAACAAAAACAUGUCACAGGAAUCGGCAGCAGAGCAGGAGAGACAGGAGGUGCUCGCAUUGUUGCAUUCGACCAAUGCUAGACCCAGAGGCUCGGUGAGCUCCACCGGCUCGGGGCAUCGAGCGGGUGGCGGGAGAAGUUUAUCGCCAUUUGCGAAUAUGGCCAGGUCUCCUGUCCGCAGUAUGUUAGAUAUUGAUAGCGCUCCAGCAAAACCUCGACAUUCAUCUAUUGGUGGCACAAGUACAGGAACCACUGCCCCAUUUCGAAGUAUGCUUGAUGUUAAAACCCCGUUGACAACGGCGCCUGCGGUACGAAGUAUGCUUGAUGUUUCUUCUACUGCGCCCACAGCAUCUGGUUCUAGAAGUGCGCAGACUUCCCCAACAGCGAUAAAUCACAAGACGCAUGCCAAAAAUGGCAGACAAUCGAGGAGUUCGUCAGACGCAGCAGCAAAAUCCACCAUCGAAUUUGGACCUAGAGCAAUCACCAGGGUCGACCCUAACGAAUAUCAAUUCUCUGGCUAUCUACCAAGCAACCCGGGCGGUCCUUCAGUCCCAAAACGCAACACACAAGCAGGAAAGAGGAUUACGAAUUCAAUGGCAGAGGUAGUGAGAUCAGGCGUAGAUCUUAGCGGCUUUGGAGGUGGGCGUGAUCGGGAAAGACACAAUUCAAUUGGAAGUGCUAGUGGGAUUGCGGCGAAAUCAAAGUCGCCUCACAAUCGGUUUUCCCCACGUUCUAGCUCCCCAGUUCCCACAGAUCCUUCGAAAUAUGCCGUUUUGGACAACGGUAAAGUUAUAGAUGUCAAUAGUGCUUAUCAACGAUUGUCGGAUGCCAAUCUUGCGCGAUCGAACGGUGAAUUAUCCAUGUUAAGUCAAAAGAGCAGGCAAAAUCGGCCAGCUAAUGAAUAUUUCGAUAUUAAUGGACCUCGACUGAAGAAAGACUAUGUGCCAAUGGAGGGCGAGGAAAGCGUCGUUGAUAGUACAGAUGAAUCGGACGAUGAAGGUCCCAGAGGGCGCAGAAAGAAGGCGAGAAGUGUAGAUGGAGACGAUUCCGAGCGAGAAAGCACAACUUUGGGAAUGGGGCAAGCGAAAGGUCCACGAACGCCGUUAAGUCAAAUGGCUGCUGCUGAGGCAGAACGACAAGAUGUCGUGGCCAAGGAAGCUUUGAAUGAGAAGUACAAAGUCAAAUCACUUCUUGACCCAGAAAUCACCUUGACGGGACCUGCUGGGCACAAACCAAAUAAGCCUGUGGUACAUCCGCAUACGAGCUUCGAUCCGGACGGCUCUGGUGAACCUAGUCCCCAUGACUCAGAUACUGAAGCAGAUCGCGGCGACGUUAAAAAGGCUCAAAGUCUUUCACUGACCAUGACUGCAAUAAGAUCUACGCCAACGACAUCACGCUGCGUACGUACAAUACACCGUGGAGAUUUCAAGAAAGUUCAACAAGAAGCCCGCGAGAACCAACGCCGUACCAGGAAGUAUCUUGUCGCAACGGAUCUCAGUGAUGAGGCAGCACAUGCUUUGGAAUGGACUAUUGGGACAGUAUUGAGGGAUGGCGACACAAUGCUUGCUAUCUACUGUGUUGAUGAAGAGCUUGGAAUUAUAACUCCUGAUAACAGCGGUGAUGAUGCCCAGAUCAAGCAGCAAAUAUCUGCUAUUGCUUCGGCUCAAAGAUCUGCUAGAGCAUCUCGCACCAAUACCCCCUUACUGACGCCUAGUCUAGGACCGGGUCAACUAAAUCAAAGCUUCAGAUUAGAUCCGGGCAGUAGAGCGGCCAGUCCAAUGGGGAGAGACUCGAGAAGCAAAGCCGAACAGGAUCGAUUCCGAGCCGUAGAAGAUAUCACGGAUAGAGUAUCAGAUCUUCUAAGGAAGACGAAGCUACAAGUACAAGUCAAUAUCGAAGUUCUUCAUUGUAAAAAUCCUAAGCACUUGAUCACCGAAGUGAUUGACUACGUCAACCCAACCCUAGUUAUAUUGGGGAGCCGUGGGAGAAGUGCUUUGAAGGGUGUCAUUUUGGGAUCAUUCUCUAAUUAUUUGGUUACAAAAUCAUCAGUCCCCGUCAUGGUUGCUCGAAAACGUUUACGAAAACAUAACAAGCAGAAGCGCACUCCUCACAUACGUCUCGCAAACAAUCUUACCAAUCCACUAGUCAAAUCUUUGGCCAGUGCGAAGAUUGACUGA